AUGAAUGACUCACAUCAAGUACUUGAACUUGAACCGACCACAUCUGAAAUUAUUGAAAUGUUCUAUCAGAUUUCAUUCUUUAUCAUUGGAACUCCAAUCAACGUGUACGCGCUUUACAGAACUACAAAGAAUAUUCGUGAAGGUGGCGUUGAGUCAAGACUUGUUAAAUUGAGUCGUCAACUUCUUAUUGCUCAUAUUAUGGUGCUUUUCACUUACGGUGUUUGGCGAAGCUAUUGGUUUUAUACUAUUGUAUGGUCACAAGGCAAUUUGAUGUGCAAAAUCUUCUCAUUCUUUUGCGCCUUGCCGUUUCACUUAUGGUCGAAUUUAGUUGCAGCAAUAGCCGUCGACAUGCUCUGUUGUAUAACAUCACCGUUAAGCACGUAUAGGAUCGGUUCAAGUCGCGUGGAUUGGUUGAUCGCUCUGGCAUGGAUUUGUGCCUUCGGAUGUGCACUUCCGAUGGUGUUCCUUCGUGGGACAAUUACAAUCUACUCUUUUGAAGAGAAGUCCUUUGAGCAAUGCUAUCCACUAGUCAACAGCUACAGCAAAGAGGUGUUGGUGGCGUUCAACUUCUUCCACGUAAUAACUGUAUUCUACAUUCCUUUAUUAAUUGUUGUGGUUUGCUACACCCUGAUAGGAAUUUCACUAAGAAAACAAAUGGCUGAAAGGAAAUUACUGCAGGAUGGCGGAAAAAAAAGGAAACAAUCCAGUACAAAAGCACGAUUUCUACGAGCAUCAUUAGCAGUGAUCUGCACUUUCUUCUUCACAUGGCUCCCAUAUCAGGUACUCGCCCUUCUACGUGUUAUUUGCGAUGAAAAUGCCGUUUGUGAGAGCAUAACAGCACGAAUUAACUGGCUACAAGCCAUUAUAAUCGCCAGUACUUGCAUCAAUCCAUUUCUUUACCGAUUCGGCCUCGACCGCAACAAAUGCUCGCACAACUACAGUGCAAUGGAGACCGGAAUAUGCAAAGUGUCCGUGCGAGAUGUCGACAAAUCUCCGAACACUGAUAUCUUGGAUUCUGUUGGAUGCAGUCGAAUGCAAGCGUAA